UUGGGCGGACUCUGGUAAGGCGGCAGUUUCACCUGCUCAUUUCAGCCCUCUCUUUCUCAUCUCAGCGAGCCCUCGUCUCUUCCGUGACUCUCAGUAGCACUCGAAACGAAGCUCCAUCACAAAGAAGAAGAAGAAGAAGAAGAAGAGAGAGAGAGAGAGAGAGAGAUACACACAAAGAAAGGAAGAGACGAAGCCACAGCAGAAAAGCAGGGCAGCAAGGACAAACUGGUUUUUUCUCGUCCUAUAUUUCGUUAAAGAAUUUUCAAUGGCCAUUAUACCAUUUGGAGGCACAUGGGUUGCACAGUGGGGGGUUCAACCUCAAGUAAUGUCAAGACCAUCUCCACGAGCCAUGGCAUGUUGUGUCACAAAUAAGUUCCUGACAUCCCAAUUUGGCUUCUCAAGCAAGGAAAAAUAUUUGGCAUCAUCGUUUGCGAGCAUAUAUACUCAAGAUUCUCUACAUGCCUUGUUUAAUAUGGGAUCAUCUCAAAAUUGUCAUCGCCGUAGGGGAGCAAGACUAGUUGUUAGAGCUGACAGUGAUUACUAUUCUGUCCUUGGUGUGUCAAAAAAUGCUAGUAAAUCUGAAAUAAAAAGUGCUUAUAGGAAACUUGCGAGGAGUUAUCAUCCAGAUGUCAACAAGGAACCUGGAGCAGAACAAAAGUUCAAGGAUAUUAGCAAUGCCUAUGAGGUGUUGUCGGAUGAUGAGAAGCGAUCCCUAUAUGAUAAGUACGGAGAGGCUGGACUCAAAGGUGCUGGUAUGGGAAUGGGGGAUUUCAGCAAUCCGUUUGAUCUCUUCGAGUCGUUAUUUGAGGGCAUGGGUGGAAUGGGCGGCAUGGGUGGUGGCCGAGCUGCUAGAAACAGGCCGAUUCAAGGUGAGGAUGAGAGCUACAAUCUCGUUUUGAAUUUCAAGGAAGCAGUUUUCGGCGUGGAGAAAGAGAUCGAGAUCACCCGGCUUGAGAGUUGUGGCACCUGUGAUGGGUCGGGUGCCAAACCUGGGACCAAGCCGACUAAAUGUAGCACUUGUGGGGGCCAAGGCCAGGUCAUCACAUCUGCAAGGACUCCAUUGGGUGUCUUCCAGCAGGUGAUGACAUGCUCGACUUGUGGUGGGACCGGGGAAUCAGCCACACCUUGCAACACAUGUGGUGGGGAUGGCCGUGUGAGGAAGACGAAGAGAAUUAGUCUCAAAGUUCCAGCUGGCGUGGAUGCUGGUAGCCGACUGAGGGUCCGAUCAGAAGGGAAUGCUGGUAGAAAAGGUGGCGAACCUGGCGACCUGUACGUUUUCAUUGAUGUCCUCCCUGACCCAGUGCUCAAACGGGAUGGGACCAACAUCCUCUACACGUGCAAGGUGUCCUACAUUGAUGCGAUCUUGGGAACAACGAUCAAGGUCCCAACGGUGGAUGGCACAGUAGAUUUGAAGAUCCCAGCUGGGACACAGCCAGGAACGACACUGGUGAUGGCAAAGAAAGGGGUACCAUCGCUCGACAAGCGGUAUCCUAGGGGAGACCAGUUGGUCCGAGUGCAGGUUGAGAUUCCAAAGAGGCUGAGCGGCGAAGAGAGGAAGUUGAUCGAAGAGUUGGCCAACCUCAACAAGGCAAAAACUGCAAACAGCAGAAGGUAGUUGGGACAGGUUGGUGCCUUUGUGGUAAUCUGAAUCUUCUUUUGGCAUGCCUUAUUCUUUCUAUAAUUUUGUGGGUGUCAUAUUAGACUGUUAAUUGGCAGCAUCACGAUGGGGGAAAUAUGAGACUGAUUUCUCUCAAUCAGGUUUGUUAGGGGCACUUAUCCUUGUAGUAGUCUACAACUGUGUAUUUUUCCCUGUUGAGAAGGAAUGGAGAGAGGAAAGAAGAAAAAUGAUAGAAAAUAGAUGCCUCUCCCUAUUUUACUUGCC